CCUUAUAUUAUCUCCAUCGGGUCCUAGAAUCGAUCACCUAGUCCCGGAACGUUAAAUGCUGUCUCUGCUUUCCUGCCGUAAGGGAGCCAAGGUGACAACUUCCGUUUCCUGUUUGCGCCUGUUGAAGGGCUGAGUUUUGAGAGUCCUGAGAGGUCAGAUUGCUGUCAGAUCAGUCUUUUCCUGUAGGAUGGCCCCUGGACAUGGACAUGAACAUGGUCAUAAUAAAAUGGAACUUCCAGAUUACAAACAAUGGAAGAUAGAAGGAACACCAUUAGAGGCUGUCCAGAAGAAGCUGGCUGCACGAGGGCUAAGGGAUCCAUGGGGCCGCAAUGAAGCUUGGAGAUACAUGGGUGGCUUUGCAAACAAUGUUUCCUUUGUUGGUGCAUUAUUAAAAGGAUUCAAAUGGGGAUUUGCUGCAUUUGUAGUAGCUGUGGGGGCUGAAUAUUUCCUGGAAUCCUCAAAUAAAGAUGAGAAGCAUCACUGAAGAUAGUAUCUGGAAGUAUCUUAGUGGCAUAACUCUCAUAAAAAUGAGACAUCUUCGCUGUGGCCUACUUGUCUAAGUGUUUGUACCUUAAACAAUACCUGUAAGAUUUAAUAAAGUAAAAAAAGUA